AUGCAAUUCUUGAUACUUGUGCCGGGCUUCGUCGACGACCAUGGCUGCAAGAAAGUUGUGUUCCCCGCAGCCUUUCAUAGCUCGAAAGCCCUUCUGCGCUUCAGCGUGGCGGACAUUGACGUCGAGCCAGCGCGCAAAGCCAGGCGACAAGACACCAGCGUACAACUUGCAGAUGGCCUGCUGCAAGCAGAUCGGCCGCCAGUUCGAUGGGUGGAGCCGAUCGCCCUUCUCUUGCAGCAGGCGCACCACGCCAACCUUCCAGCUCUGCGGCACACGCUUGGACUGCCAGUAGCGCGCAAACGCUGCAUGCAGAGCGGGCAGAAGCUGGGCCGUGAACAGUUUAAAGAUGUCGUAGCCGACACCGUCAACGCCGGGGCUUGA